AUGUCCAACAACACCUCUGCACACUCAUCACUCUGGGGCACAUUCCCUCGAUCAUUGUUCCAUUUUCAUCGCCACACAGAGCUGCGACAGCCACCACCAGACUUCCAUCCACUAAUUGUCCCAUCAGGUCCACAACCUGACUUGCUUAAUAUAUCCUCUGUCUUCCCACCACCUCACUCUUUUAUAACCAUCCUCUACAAACCCACAUACCGCAUCGAUGUCACCUCCCAUACUCUUCUAGCUCCAUCACCUUUGAAUGAGCCACCCAUGAUGUCAAUCCCUCCCGCCAAAGAUGGAAUUCGACUGCCACCUGUUUCGGCUGGAGGAGUAUCAAUGGAGGUCUGUGUCCUUCCUAGGAAAGAGGGGAUUUGGUUGGAAGAUGGGGUUUCAGUGGAUGUGAUUGAAAGAAAGCCAGAUGGCGACUACGAGUUUAUGACUAUCAUUCUUUCCAAAAUAGUCUGGCAAGAUGAUCAUAUUGCCAUCUUUGGUGGUGCAGGCAACGAGCAGCAGUUCAUAGUGGUGACAUCUACUUUCCAUGUCAACUCUCCUCCCCUACUUGGCUAUGCGAUGUAUUACACGUUCGGUGAGUACAUUCGAGCUCUCUUCAGCUCUGACCGCGAACGUGUUCCUACAUCUGAUGGCAAUGUCUUGGAGAUUGCGAGGCGAGCAUUAGCAGGAGUGGGAAGUAUGAUCUUUCAUCGAUUUGCUAGGCCAUGA